CUCCCUAAUCUCCUUUAACUUAGUGAUAGGUGUAAUUCUCGGAAAGGAAUAUAAGAAGAAGAAGCUAAUUGAUGAGUACAAUCUUUUUGUUUUUCUCCUCUUCCUUUGGUUGGGGUUCUUAUUGGCAAAGCUGGACAGACCAUAAGGUCCCUUUAAUAAAAUCUAGGGGACAAUCAUAUCAAGGUGAUCUAGAUCUCUUUUCAUCCUUUUUGCUGUAGAUAUGAUCUCCAUUGAUAAAAGAAGCUAAUCUAUUUGUGGGCAUUGAAUUGUUGAAACCAAUUAGAAGAGCUCAUGUCUGGUCAAGAUCUGUUUAUGAUUGAUAUAAAGAAUGUUGCUUUGCAAUCCGCCCAAAACUGGAGGUGGCGGACCACAGGGAUUAUUUCCAAGUGUUGCUACAAAACUGUAGAUUUGAGGUCUCUUUGAUUUAUUUUUCCUUUGACUUUUGCUUUGCAUUUUAUUAAUUCAAAGCUUUAGAUGAUGGUUGUCUACUUGUUUUGGAGGAUAUUAGUUUAAGGAACAUAACAAGUAUGUUCAUAAGCAUGGGAUUUGAGAUAUUGUUGUAAGCAAAGCAUAGAAAUGUGGUUAUUGGCAUAUUUGUUGCUAUGUUUUUAUGGAUGUUGAUGCAUUUGUUUAUAAGGAUAUGUUUGUAUAACAUGUUCUGCAUCCUAGGUUCUUAAAAGGCUCAAUACCCUUGCCUUAUAACUAUUUUAUUAAAAUAGAGUAGGAGAGUGUAUUGCUGAGUCUGGUAAAAGAAGGGUGUACGUUGUUGAAUCUCGGUGAUUGAGUUAUUUUCUGCGAGGUCAAAUACAAUUCUAUUACGGCCAACCAUAUUUCAAAGGAAGUAGCUCAUGUCCCUAAAUCUUACAAUGAUUUGUCAUGUUUCCCUGGAGCUGCACGCGUUGUCUUUUUAUAUUUUUAUCUUGCCUAAAGUUCAUUUCAUGCUGCUUGGAAUUUAGAAAUUAUUCAAUGUUACUAUAGUGCUCCCUCAAAUUAGCUUUCUUCUUGCAAUUUCUGGAUUCUUCCACAUGCAUUCAGGCUUGAUCCUGUUGCACAUUCAAAGUGUGGUCCACCCUUGACUUUUUUUGUAGUUGGUAGAGUUUAAAUUUUUGUCCUUUGCUUUAAUUUGCACAUGCAUCUGUUGAAACUUUUGUGUGUGAUGGGAUCCUUAAAUUCCAAGUAUUGCUUUGUUUUCCUUGUCAAAUGUUUAACCUUCAUGAUUUCUCCUAACCAUAUUGACUUUCAUGUUGCUUUUUUGUAUAUUGCCUAACAUAGAAACAUACUCCGUCACUCCCACAAAGUAGGUUUGGAAACUGCUACAGGAGCAUCUGACAUUUCUCUUUGAUGACUAAAGCAACAGUGAUGUCAAUAUAAUUUAGUGAUUCAA